AUGGAACGACGGGCUGAGCAGCCAAGGCAGCAAAGAGGCAGACUGCUCAGCUUCUUUGUAGGGGCAUGCAAGUACUGUGAGUGCUCGCCUGCGCUCUUACGCGUCUGUCGUGGGGGAUGGCGGCGGGUCGAAUAGAGGGAGGCAAACCUCACAGGCAAAGACGAUGUCAACACGAGACUUGGCAAAAAAAGUGAUUUCGGUAUGGACCUCCACGUGCGGUCGCAGCCUCCCUGAUGUAUUUAGAGUGGGGUUGUGUAGCUGACGUUGUCCCGACUACCUUUGCUCCACAGCCCUACUAAUGCCCCUCAUCGCCGCCGCUCGGGUCACCGAGCUUGCGUGCAGCGUGAGGACACCUUCAUGCAGCUUCACGCAGGUCCCGCAUCCACUCGAUAGUUCUCGUCAUCCAGUGCGAGAUUGACUACUGCGCUCCAGCCGACUCGAACCCAGGUCCAGAUGGCGAUGCUGGCUCAACCGGAAUACACCGGCUAAACACGUUCUCACCACUGGGCCAAUCGACCGAAAUCAGAGCCUAGGUGUUGCUUGAUGCUCAUAAGGGAUGCCCUCCGCAUCGUCACUACACUGUGCGCUGUCUUCUUCGUGCUCGAGAAUACAGCUCAAAGACCCCUCAAGAAAAAGUCAGUCAAAAUGGACUCUGCGGUAAAGUCGAGUAUGCGGCCUGCUGUUGCCUUUCACGAUUGGUCCGUAUCGAGCUGCCUGGCGACGGCACCGCAGCUUGCGAUUUGGAUCAUCAUCACUCGACUCGUGCUGCUCAGAGUGCACUCCCUCCACUGACAGCGACAGUAGCUGCACGCCAUCAAAAGAUUUGAAGCGCGUACCUGAUGAGUCAUUUGGCAAAGAUGGAGUAAGUACCAAAUCAGCACCUCGACCCUUUCCAAAUGCGCCCGGCGUAUCCUCAUUGAUUCGCUUUGACGUAUCUUGACGGGGCGACACCCUGGCAUGCCUCAGCUGGAGGCAGAUUUCAUGCCAGGGAAUGCGGCGCAAACUGGCACUGUCAGCACAACGUUGCAAUCAUCAAGCGCGGCAGUGGGAUGGGAGGGCAGGACGCGCGCAUACACGCAGACAUUCACGUGUUUGUUGAUCGAGCUCACUCAAGACUCACAACUGUCCUACUACUACACGCGUUUGGUCGUGCAAAGCCUGCGCAGAUGCAUAUGGUUCGGCCGUUGCGCUCCCUUGCAUACCAAUUCUGACGACUUCGACUGAUUCGGCAGCAUCGCUCUGCCCAACGAACAGGGCUUAAGCUGAGGUUUCUGCCAGCCUCUUCACGCCAGACGCCUGAUGCCUAAUUGCAGGAUUACGGCAUGAAACAAGCUUCUCUGUGUUGCGAACGCAUCUCUCCUUGCUGUUCAAAUGGGUCGUACUUACCACCGGUGCCCCCAACCUCUCCGUCCUCUCCUUUUCGACACCUAUCUCAAAGAAUCCUCGAAUGCAACGUCCUCAAGGCACGAUGGAUCAAGACAAGAUACAGGACACCAUGAUAUCAUGGCUUUUCAACUUGGACUUCGCCGCUUCGCUGGAUUCAAAAUCGGAAAGCGCCUUUCUCUACGCAGGUAUCGAAUCAGCACAACAGCUAAACGAAACCUGGCCGGACGCAGCACCUUCGCCAAUCAAAUCCCUCUACUUUGCAGAACUGGUGUGUAGAAACGGCGGUUUUCCAGACAGAUUCUAGAGAUUCUUUUGAGGUGCAUUGAUUGCUGAACUUUUUGGGGUCUUGGUUGCAUUGUGAACAGAUCUACCGCAUUUACCAUACCCAUGACGAUACGCCUUCUCGCCAUUGCAGCAUCCUCGACAUCCAGUGCAAUUUACUCUUGAAUCACGCUUUUGCGAGCCAGCAGGGCGAGGUAACUGCCUCUAUGAGCCAUACUUCAGCUGCCGCUGAUGGCAUAGACCCGGCUUCUAUUCAACAGCAGAAAAAGGCCCGGGUUUGGGGGGAGCAGGAGGCAGCUGGCAAUGACGAAUCGAGCCACGAGGCAGCACGCCACGAAGAGGGACGCGCCAUAGAGGGUCAGAAUGAGGCGGAAGGCAAUGACUACUCCGCCAGACGUCCAAGGCGCAGUCAACGCUUGGCAGCGCGACAAGUUUAG